ACAAAGCUUCUCUAGUUUGUUUUGGUUGGAGAGCUUGGCUAGCUAGAGGAUAAAUACUAGCCAGUUACCUAGCUAAUUUACAAUAAGUACACAAACAUAACAAGCAUCUGCACCACCAUGGCUCACGUUAGGACAUACAGACCAGACGUCCGUGUUGGAAACUGGAGGGAGGACGUUACAUUGGAGGAGGACACACUGAAGGACUUCUUGGAUAGGAAGGAGAGGGGAGAGCUGAUGGUGCAGAAAACUGGGUUCAAACAAAACAUCCUCAAACAGGUUAGCCUGUCUGUUUCUGUGGGAGGUGCAGUGUGUUUCGAUGAUGUUGUGAUGCUGGUGAAUGUGUGAGACAACAGCUGCUAAGUCAGCAUCUACGCUGACCUGACCAACCUGGGGAGGCCUAGUCCAGCCAUUCAGGCUCCCUGUGGGGUCAGGGGGAGGAGUCUGCAGCCAUGCACACGCAACGCAUUCAUCAUCAGCAGUGUGGAUGGCAGUGCAGAGGGAGAGCCUCUGCGCUACAAUCAGAGUUUCGCCCUCAGAACAACUAGUGGCUUUGCUGGAGGGUUGUAUCUGACGAGUGACCACAAGACCUUCCAGAAGUGUGCCCUCCAGGAAGUGAUCAUGGAGCAUCAGGCUAAUUUCCUGUCCUGGUGGAAGGUUCUACACAAUGACCCUCAGGAAAGACUGGAGCAUGAGGGUCUGCCUGUUCCUGCCAACAGUAAAGUGCUCAUCUCCCACUGCAAGACCAACCAGGCUCUAGCUGUUCUAGGACAACACAUCCUGUGGACUCCAUAUGGUAAAGAAUAUGAGGUGACAGCCCACACCUUCCUGGACUCCCAUAAGGCCGAGCGAGACAUCAACCAUUGGCUGCUGCUGACCGCUGACCCUGCAGGGGCCGGGCUUACUCUACUGGACCACCCAUAGACACACAAUGGCACUUAACACACAACAGGGAAUAUGAAAUUAACACAGGUUCAAUAAAAGUUUGAUUCGGA